UUUGUCAAAAUAUUUGUCCUGAUCAAUUUUAUCAGCCGAGUAUAUUUAAUUUCGACAACGUACUAUGACAAAUGAAACUGCAUAGGCGAUCAAACCGCCGGGAUGCUCUCCACUCUGUAUCCUAAGUUGCCGUCAAAUAUAUUUGAAUUUACUGCUUAUCGUGAUGUAUUUCUUCCACAGCCUGUCUACAAACUUAAUCAUUGUUCUCUGUGUGGAAUUUAGGACUCGCCCAUGUUUUACGCCAUCACCCUUCAAUAAGCACAAAACUGUCAUAUCACCCUUCAAUGAGCACAAAAACGAGAUUAUACGCACCGCUGCGCAAAAUUAGAAGAAGGUUUGCUACUAGCUUCACAGUGGUAAACUUGAAGCUCUGGUAUCUCAACAGAUGGCUGCAAUAACAAAGUUGCAACAAAGUCUGUCAACUAUGGAAGAAGAGCUUGAAAACGUGGCUGAGGCCCAAGAAUAUUCAGAACAGUACGGAAGGCGCUUAAAUCUUGAAUUUGUUGGGUUACCCUAUCAAAAAAAUGAAGACACCAAUCAAAAAGUAAUAGGAGUUGCCAAAAUGAUUAAUGUUAAACUUAAUAGUGAAGACAUUUCUACCUCUCACCGACUUGUUGCUGGCAAAAGAUCUCCUAUAAUUGUUCGCUUCUGUAGGAGGGACAAAAGAAAUGAGCUAUUUCGAGAAAAAGCUGGUCUUGUCAAGGAAAAUGGAGACCUUGCGAAAGCUUUCGAUACUGUAAAUCAUCGUAUUCUACUGGAAAAACUAUAUCAUUACGGCAUUCGAGGUGAAGCAUUUCGUCUGAUCUCAUCAUACCUAAGUGGCCGUAAGCAAUAUGUUGAAAAUGGGGAGAAUAUUUCUGGAAUGGGCCUCAUGACAAAUUGAGCUGGAAGGCACAUAUUGCCGAUUUGUCUAAGAAAUUAUAUCAAACUGUUGGAGCACAUAUUGCCGAUUUGUCUAAGAAAUUAUAUCAAACUGUUGGAAUAUUUUACAGACUCAGGUAUAUUUUGAACCCUGAAACACUCAAAUUGGUCUACUAUAGUUUAUUUCACUCGCGAUUACAGUAUGGUAUACCUAGCUGGGGGUCGACAAAUAAGUCUCUAUUGCAGCCAAUACAAGUUUUGCAAAAUAAAAUUUUAAGAUGUAU